GAUAGGACCACUUCCACACAGACGAGCUGCGUUUUGGCUCAACCCCUGAGUGACUUGCCGUGGAAGGGAAACGGUGAUGACGACAGCGCGUAAAUGGGCUGCUGGAAACCAGAGACGCUCUGGUUUGAACGGUGAGCACAAGUGCCUGUCAGCCACCACCAGCAAGCUCCACAUCAUCCAGGAACAUCAUCCAGUACCGGGAAGCCUCGUGCGUUCGCAGAUGGAUCAGAGAGGGAUGCGCUUUUUUACUCUCCUACCGCUGCGAGUCUGAUUUCUUUAUUCCGCUUUGCUUAUGUUCAGGCGCGCGUUCACACCGUAUCUGGAGCAACUUUACAAGCAGCUGAGCCUGAUCUGAUAACAAGUGCCCAAAGUAAGGAUGUCCACGACGCACCACGGCUCCCCAGCGCCCAACCAGAGCUACCUGUCCCCAGACAGCUCUGACACGGCGGAUCACUCCGGGAUGGAGAGGCGCAUCCGUCUGCUGCUCUUCGGUUUGUGCGUAACCAUCGCCGCCGCGACCUUAAUCGGAGGCGUGUAUUCGCUGCUGUCGCUCCUCCGGAUGAGGAGAAAGACCUCCCUGUGUGUCAUCGUGGCUUCCAUGUCGGUGGACGACCUGCUCAGUGUGGUGCCCCUCUCCUUGUUCAUGCUCCUCCAGUGGGAGACCCCCGCGGGAGGUGAGGGGUCUGGCCUCCUGUGCACUUUGUCCGGACUUCUCUACGUGUUUCAGGGGGUUUCCAGCAACAUGAAGGCUUGCCUCAUCGCAGCCUACACUUUUUAUGUCACCAAGCGAUUCGGGGUGCUUCAGUCCGCGCGCCGGCCCCUCGGGGUGCUGUGGGCUGUCGCCAGCGUGUGGGCGGUGAGCCUGGCCGUCAGCGUGAUGCCGCUGUGUGGAUGGGGCAGCUUCGCGCCAGCUUCUCUCGGGUGUUUCCCGGAGAGCGACAGCUUCUACGUCCUGCUGCUGUUCUCCCUGUACUCCCUGUGCUUCUGCGGGUCGCUCUUCUUCUUCACCCCUCUCACCUACCAGCUGCUGUGCUCCAGAGAGCCCCAGAGGACCCUCCUGUACCCCAGCUGCUUGGACAUGUCCAGGGGGCUGAGUGGUUCCGCGCCCCUCUGCGAUCUCCAGUCCUUCUCCCGGGACAGCCUGGACAAAAGUUUGGGCGCGUACAACGAGCUGAGUCCAAGUUCGAGCGGGACAGAGAUGAGAGAGAAGGAGGUCAGUGUGUCCCCGGUGUCCGCCGGUGGACAGAGGACAGCGGCUGUCGGAGACACGCCGGUGGUGUUUGCACAGAAGCGCUUCUCCAUGAUUCUGGCUGUAGUCCGAGUCAUUUUAUGGAUGCCAAUGAUGACUUUGGUGCUUGUACRGCAUGCAGUGAACGUGCGCAGCUCCUCCCUGGAGACGUUGAGCUUCUUCCUCACUCUGCUUGCACCUGCGGUCACUCCCCUGUUUGUGCUGUCUGAGCGCUGGAUCCACAUGCCGUGUGGCUGCUUCAUUAACUGCAAGCRGAAUCCAGCGGAGGAACCCUCAGUUAUGAAAAGAAAGUUUGAGUUCAACCUUUCCUUCCAACAAGGCUAUGGAGUCUACAAGUUAUCACACGCUAACAAGUCUCACAGCAGCCCCCCCAUGGAGAAGCCCAAUUAUCACAGCCUUUUCAACUGUGACUUCUCAAAUCCCCGCCUUGACGCACUGGAAAGUGGCGACCUUUCCAGGCUUUGUCCCAACUUUGAUUUCAGCACCUCACUCCCAGUGGACAGCUCCUCUUGCUCGGGUCUCCUUUCAGAGGCCAGGGGAGGGGAGGCGCUGGCUGACUGUCCUCUACUGCCUCAUGAGAACCACAAGGAUGGUGAGGAGUUUCACCGUGUCUCCUCGCUGCCUUCUCAUCAUCAGGAAAAGGAAUAUAACCUGAACGACUCCUCAUCUGUGUUUGAAGGGCCAGAGAGGAGGCUGUCACACGAGGAGUGUAGGAAAAUCGAGCUGACGGACUGGGAGUGGUGCAGGAGUAAAUCAGAGAGAACACCCAGACAGAAGUCAUCAGGUGGUCUGUCUAUCCCUCUGUGUGCCUUUCAGGGCACUGUGUCCCUGCAGGCACCCACGGGCAAAACGCUCUCUCUUUCCACCUAUGAGGUCAGCAGUGAUGGGCUCAAAAUCUCUCCCAAUAAUGCCAAGAAGGUGGAAGUGUAUCGCUCCAAGUCUGUUGGCCAUGAACCCAGUGCAGAUGACCCGGCAGCUGGAGGCCACGCCGUCGACGCAAACACCAGCUGUGUCGGGAUGGGCAUGGAGAUCGGCAUGGGGAUGGGGAUCGGAGCCGGCGUAGGGGACACCAAUGUGAAGAUUCACCUCGAGGUUCUGGAAAUAUGUGAUAACGAGGAAGCCAUGGACAGCGUCUCCAUCAUCUCGAACAUCAGCCAGUCUUCUGCCCACACCCGCUCGCCGUCGCUGCGUUACUCUCGCCGAGAGAACCGCUUUGUCUCGUGCGACCUGGGCGAGACCGCGUCCUACUCUCUGCUCAUCCCCAGCAGCGGCGCCGCCGAGGCGGAGACCAUCAAUAUCACCAUCCCCGACACGGUGGAAGCCCACCGGCAGAACAGCCGACGGCAGAUGCAGGAGAGCUCAGGGUAUCACGAGGAUAUACAGCUGCUAAACGAGGCGUACAGAAAGCAGUCAGGAGAGGAGUAAGAGUGAUACAUGGACACAGUAACAAGAUGGUGACGGAAGGGGUGGGGGUUGAACUCAGGCAGUAAAGUCUGCAAGACAGAAAUCCUCAUCAUUCAACUGUUUUUCUUUAGCACAUUUUGUAAAGAGCAGACGAUUUUGUUAAAAGCCUGGAAAUGAA